ACUUGCACAAUGGAUAAAUCACAUGUCUCUGCUUCAUGUCCUCAAGAUUUUUCUCAAGAGUAAAAUUUAGGGAGCGAUUUACUGAUUCUUACAAAAGAGAAAUAGUUUUCACUUCUGAAAAAUCGUUUUUAAAAAAACAUCUGAACACCAAUCUGCAAGAAAAACUUAGUGCAUGUGACAUCUGUUGUAAAACAUUUUUUCUCCACCAAAAUUUGAAGGCACAUUUAUGGACGAAUACGAACGAGGUGUCGUUUACGCAUACCAUGUGUAGUCAAGUAUUUUCUGAAAAUUUAUAUUUGAACAGACAUUCCAAAGUGCAUACAAAAGAAAAGUUGUACAAAUGUGUCAUAUGCAAUAAACCCUAUUCUUAUUUGCUAAAUUUAAAGACACAUUUACGGAAUCAUACAAAAGAAAAGUCAUAUGUUUGCAAUAUUUGUAAUAAAACUUUUUCUGGGCGGGCGGCUUUAAAAGUGCAUGUACGGGUGCAUACGAAAGAGAGGCCGUUUCAGUGUGGUUUCUGUAAUAAAGCAUUUUCCCAGCAAGCGAAUUUAAAAUCACAUAUAUUAGUACAUACAAAAGAAAGGCCGUAUGCAUGUAGCAUUUGUAAUAAAGCAUUUAAUCAGAGUACAACUUUAAAAAUGCAUUUGUUAACACAUACAAAAGAAAAACCGCAUAUCUGUGGCACAUGUAAUAAAGGAUUUUCUCGAAAACAAUAUUUAAAAACUCAUUUACUUAGCCAUUCAGAUGAGAAACGAUAUGCUUGUGACAUUUGCAGUAGAACAUUUUCAGCUCAGUGGGGUUUGAAAAGUCAUGUAUUAAUGCAUACGAAAGAAAAACCGUUUACAUGUGAAAUGUGUAAUAAACAGUUUUCUCAGAAGUCGAAUUUAAAAAGACAUUUAUUUACUCAUACAAAAGAGAAGCCGUUUGCCUGCGACAUUUGCAGUAGACCUUUUUCGGAGCGCCAUCAUUUAAAGAUACAUUUACGAAUACACACAGAAGAGAAACCAUAUGUAUGUGACAUAUGCAAUAAAGCAUUUGCUCACGGCUCCAGUCUAAAGGCACAUUUACAAAUACAUACGGAAGAGAAACCGUAUGCAUGUAACAUUUGUGAUAAAUCAUUUACUCAGAGAUCAAUUUUGAAUAGGCAUUUACUAAUACAUAUGGAAAAGAAACCAUAUGAAUGUGACAUUUGUAAUAAAUCAUUUACUCAGAAUUAUACUCUCAAAAUGCAUUUACGCACGCAUAAGAAAACAGAAAUGGCUUGUAUGUGACUUUUAUCUUGUAGCUUUAAAUGCAUACCUGCUGACACUUGCCAUCAAGUGCAAAUAACCUAUGCACCUGUAAAUUAUAGGAAGCUCUUUUUCAUCAAGAAAAUUUCGACAAAUUCUCAUCGACACUUACUAAAAGCUUGUGAUGCAUGUAAUUUCAGUUUAUAUAUAUAUAUAUAUAUAUAUAUAUAUAUAUACACACACACACAAUUCUAAAAUAAGAUAGCAUUACAAAUGGAAUAAUUUAUGAAUGUGUAAUAGUCCAUUUUUCAUUUCGUAAAGCAAAUUUCUUUUGACUUGUAACAGCAUGCACAGUUUUAUUAUCAAUGACAACUUGCGCAAUUUUAGUAA